AUGAUCCGCGACGGCCUCCUCACGUACGCCUCGACCCCCCCCUUCCUCACGCGCGAGCUCCGCGCCCCUCUUCCCAACCUGCUCGCCAUCGCCUUCGUCAUCACGCUCCUCUCCUACCAUCUCACCUCGCUGCUCCUCUCGCUUCUCCUCUCGCUCAAGCCCGCGCGCACUGCCUCCCUCUCCUCCGUGCACACACUCCUCCUCGUCCGAAACUCCUCUCCGCUGUCCGUGCUCGCUAGCGUGCUGCGUCACGACUCCCUCACUCGCCUGCACCACGGACGCCAAGCGCUCCGCCGCGUCACCGUCGCGCGCCACCACCACCAAGUCCCGCUCCGCGCCGCGCUGCGCCUGCUGCUCCUGCUCGCCGUCGCCCCGCUCGUGUCCAUCGCCUCGGUCGCCGUCACGCUGAGCCGCGACGCCGCGCUCUCCGCGUCCGCGGCCCGCUUCGCCGGUGUUGCCCUCGGCUUUGCACACCCCGCCGCGCCGCCCGUGCGCGCCACUCGCAUCAGCCAUCGCUGCGCACUCGUCCCGCUCCAGCUGGGGCCGCGCGACUCCGCCCUCGUCGAGUUCGCAGCGUGCCAGCUGCCAAUUGCGUUUCAGCCGGGCUUCGCGCCGGGCGAAGCUGGCCUGGGCUUCGCGAUUACAAGGAACUCGAGUAUUACUGUCUGGGUUAAUGUGGAUAAAGUGUUUGCCAGCCGGCGCAAGAGCGUGUCCAUGUAUGCGGGGGAGACGCUGUACUAUAUAGAGCCGCACGUGGAUGAGGAAGCCUUGAACCGCGUCGUUGAGUAUGGCAUGGAGAGGAUUGCGAGCGUGUGUGGAGGAGGGAGGGAGGGAGAGAGGGACCAAAGGGUGCAGUAUCCGGAGGAGGAUGGGCAAGAGCAUGUGGUUGGGGUUCUUCGACCAUGCGAGGUGGAGACGGACGAGAGAGCGAUGGAGCUAGCGGCUGGGAUUUUGAAUGACGUGGGGCGGUUCAUUACGUUUGUGGAGACAGAGAGGUUGAUGGUGGCUGAGUAUCGGCUGACGUUUGAGGAGGGGGGAGUUCCGGCGCUGCCGUUUUGGGACGGGGGGAGGAUCGCGUUGGUGAUGAGAAGGAGUAGGUAUGUUGCGUUGGAGGCGCUGGCUGUGGUGACGGCGGUCGUGCUCUUGAUGAGGGUUUUGGUUGCGCUGGUGGGGAACAAUGACGUGGCCACGGGUGUCGAUAGACUUGUUAGGGAGCGGCUUGGGUUUCGUUGCUGCGACUUUUUGCUUGGGGAGAAGGAAAUGGUCGAGUUUGCGUGUAAGAGCCAGACGGGGGGCGUGGCGCAUCUGGGCUUGCCCAUGGCGGAUAUGCCACGAGUGGAAAGCUUUGCAGGCGGCGUUAUCGGCGUAGAACGGAUCGGGAACCUGGAUAGCUCGCUGGUGGGCGCCAGCACGGGAGAGAAUUCUUUAGAUGACGAUACCAUGCCCUUGGCGGACUGA